UUGCUAAAACUGGGGACGAAACUCCAAAGGCAGAUCCGAUCCAAAGCGAGCUAUUGCCCACAUUCCCCCGUCUCCUCUUCUCCGGAAGCCGGGCAGCUAAGCAGGAGGCGGGACACCCAGUCCACGAGCGGCAGCAUCCUUCCCGAGGAAGGCUGCAGAAUUCAGCCCCUUGUCUUCUCCAACGCGGCCGCAGCCUGCAUCAUGACAUCGGGGGAGUUCAUGCAGACCGCUCCGCUGCUAGCGCAUACAUCCAAGAGGAGUCUGCUGUACAAGGCGCUCUGCUUCCUCCUUCUCGUCUUCCAGGGGGGCAUUCUGGACUUUUACCUCAUCAUCUUCACUGACUUGUACUGGUGCUCAUGGAUCGCCACGGAUCUGGUUGUGAUCUCGGGCUGGGGGAUUUUUUUCAUGAAGAACGCGUGGAGCAAGAGGGAGAGGGCUUGCGGCUUCCACCAGAAGAGUUCCAUCUUCGGCUGUAAUCUCGGGGAGUUCACCUACGCUUACCUGGCAUGGCUCAUAUAUGUCAUCGCCUGCACCCCAAAGGUGGUGCUCAUCCUGGAGACCUCCAUCCUGGAUCUGAUUGAGCUUAAGGUCCCGUGCGGGGUGACCGGCUUCAAGAUCAUCGUGCUGCUGUCCGCGCCGCUGCUCUUCUGCCUCAUCAACUCCAUCAUCGAGGAUCUAAACGGGGCGACGCGGCACCACUCCCACAGCUGCUUCAUGAGCACCUGCUUGGACCUGCUCGACAGCUUCACGCUAGUGGAGAUGCUGCUGAUGAGAGAGAUCCCCACCGUGUAUCUGAAGUACACCGUGGUCUCUGUGUAUUUCGCGGCUCUGGCGGUGCCGGUGAUGUGGCUUUAUGAGCUGACAGCGUCGGAGCUCCGCUGCCGGUGGCUAUGGGCCCGCUUCUGCAUGGGCCUGGUAGUCAACGCGCCCCUGCUUGUGGUCAGGUGUUUCUUGGUCUUCGUCUAUAGGAUGCCGGUGUCGGUAUUCAUGUUCAAAAACAUAUUCUUCUUGGUGUGUAAGUUCCUGGAACUGGUAGAGCAAUGUGUGGCGGUGCGGGGGGCCCGGAGGCUGGCCGGAAGCAGCAACCAGGCCCAGUUCUCCCAUUGCGUGUCCGAGAACGACAUGUGUCCUCACGGUUACGUCAACACCCUGGCCGUAACUCAUUCAUAGAGCUCUGGGCCCCGAGCGGGAAAGCAGAGACGAGAGGGAGAGGGAAAGUCCGUAUGAAAUCCGAAUAGCAAACCCCACUCCUGCUUCCAGAUAGUGGCUCUGGGUAAGUCAUGACUUGGGGCGAAAAGGCCUCAUAGGAAACAUAAUACUUCCUAACCUUUAAUUUAUUAUAUUUGCAAUUAUAUUUCAAGCAAUUAUAUUUCAAACUAAACUAAAUUAUUUCUCAAACAAAACUUGGAAAAAUAUAGUAAUAAUAAUAAUAGUAAUAAUUUCUAAAAGACAGGUCCCAUGACUGGAUGAAAAUACGAGGGCCUUUGCCCUGAAGCAGCGUGAUAAUCCAGCCUUAGUGUGUUUUUAAACAACAACAUUGGCAGCAUGAUUGAUAAAAUAGAAUGUGAUUCAAAAACACAUCUAUGGAUUAUUUAUCAUAGACUAAAAAAAUGUUUUUACAGGGUAUGUUGCUUUAUUGUAAAAAAGUGAGAUGAGCGCAGCUCUGAAACCUGGGAGUGAACUAAUUUUUCUGAGGUUUUGACUGGAAGUAAGACAUUUUACAUAACAGUAGUAUGGAUUUUCCGAUUUCCAAUGCAAACGCAUCAUCUGUUCAAGGUUUACAGUACUCCCCUCUCAGCGUAUUCUACAGGUGCUAAAGUCAAACCCAACACCUCCAAUAGCCUACAACAAAGGGAAAACAAACAGCAAUGCUUUGGACCUUGUGUUGAUUUGUGUUGAUGUGUUCAGUCUGCGUGUUCCACGGCGUCCUUAAAAGGUAGGACAGGGAAAGCAGGACAAAGGCUGGACUUUGUGUUUUGCUGGGACUUAAAGUGCAAUUCUAAGAAUCCUAUGGUUCACUAGGGCUCUACUCCUGUUUUACUAUUUCUCUGACUUCUGGGUUCAUGACCCUCAAAAGAUCUCUGGCAACUCCAAUAUUCAUAAUGUAAAUAAAAUAGAUUUAAUGGUCCCUUGACGGCAAGACCUGAAUUUCUCAAAGAACAAGGAAACAGACAUUUAUUCACUAAUGAGCGUACAGUAUUUCUUCUUUGCCAAAAAGCGAUAACCAGUAUACAAAUCAGUCCAGCAGACUUAAAGGGUAUGGGUCUUUUUCGACACACUGUCGGGUGAAAUUUGGGGCUAUAGAGAUAUAUCAAAUGGAAACCCAUUUUUCUCAAAAAAACAAAACAAAUGAAUGUGCUGUAGAGAUGACCAUCACAGUAGUUUCUGAAAUCACUCUUUUAAUGUCUCAAACCUCUAAGAUUACAAAACAAAAAAACGCUUUGUAUGUUGUCAUGUACAUUGUUGCACAAUGUUUUAGGUGGCUUAUUUACACGUUUGCCAAUCAGCUUGCUACUCGCUCGUUAAGUUUUUGGACAAGUCUGCAGCGAUAAAUGAGAAGCUAUCGGGGCUCCACUGUAAACUCACAGCAAACAGGUUUGUAUUAGGUUGUAACUCCAACUAAAAGUCUACAGAAUAAUAACUGUUAUUUAGUGUUAUAAUAUAAAGCUACCCCAAAGUUGUAAAAACAAAUAUACAACUGCUGUUUACGGCUUGCUGCGCUCCCUUUCUCUUCCGGUCUCUCUUUGUCUUUCUCGCUCUCAAAACCAGAGCCUUGAAGCAAGCAUCGACAUGCUUUUAAACGCUAAUUCUUCUCACAUACAGUUCAAAACCAGUGUGACUCAUAUAUUCAGUGACCAUGACGAUUGUUAAAAGCAGCAAAUAGAAGCACCACUAUGAGCCUAACAACUCUUUUGAGCAAACAUACCCACUCACAUUUGAAAUGAAGGCACAGAAAAAUAAACAAAAGACACAUAAAUUCACAUAGCAACAAUAAUGUUAACAAAGAGGAACAGAGCUGAAACAAGUGAAUUAAUAACCACAGAAAAACUCACUGCAUACACAUUGCUCUUAUAAGAUAACAAACAUAAUAUUUCACACCUAAACUGAAUUUAAAGCUGCAGGACAGUUAAAUUCCCCUUUUAAAAUUAAGUAUUUUUCAAAAUAUUUCUGUUAUGUUUGUUCUUUUUUGCAGCCUGUACGUGAAAUGAGAAAACAGUUAUUACAGUUUGUAUUUAUAAUUCAUCCAGUUCAAUUUCAAAAUAUUAUUUUAUUGUUUAAUUAAACUUCAUUUGAUUUGAAAGUCAGCUGUUGGCUGCAUACAGACACUAAUACAAUUUAAUUAUAAAUAGGGCUAAAUCAUAAACAUUAAAGAGAUAAACAUUUAUAUUUUGGUCUGUACAUUGUACUAUGGAUGGCACUGACAUUUUUGUUCAUGGUCCUGAAAUAACAGCUUAGCCACAGCCAUGUACCUCGGCCCAUAUUGUUGUUGUGUUGGGGAUUUUGUGGAAUAUUGGAUUUUAGAAAUAUCUGACCCUGCAAAUCAAAAAGCUUUAACUCAAUAAGAUGGUGCAUCUUAUUUGUUCAGCACAUUCCUAAAUUGUCAUGGCGAUAUUAGGUUCGGUUUAGGUGGAUUUGGAAUGGGAGGUUGACUGCAAGAUUGUCCUGCCCAACAUAUGUUUGUUUUUUUACAACUCUGUAUUCAACACCGCUCCCGUACAAUUAAACUGCAUUCUCUAAUUAUAUUUUGACGGGAGUCUCCCAAAUUAAGCUUGCAGUGUUAUAGUGAAACAAAACAACAAGAAAAAAUGAUCAAUAUAAUUGGUUUUGUUGAAACAACAUAACUACUUGAUUGUGACAUGCAGCCUCUUUGGUAUCAUACUAAAACGUUUUGGGUGUGGAACUGUAACAGUGCAGAUCGAGAACAGUUAGUCGUACUUAUUCAAUCCAAAUCCUUAUAAUUGUUUUUGUAAUGGUCUUACCAUUGCAUCUUACGAGCACAUUUUGAAUUGGAUCAGCAUUUGGAUCAAUUUGAAUUCUUUUGUGUGACUUUGGUUGUGACCAAAUUACCAGACUUUAAAAAUGUGAAUAAUUAAAUGUAAUUUUAGUUUAUAAUCCACCAUUUCAGAAUGUUCGUGGCAGUUUACAUCCUGCUGAGUUGAAAUGGGAGGCAAGCAUAGUUCAGGUACUGCUGGAAACAAACAAUGAUGCCAUUCCACACUAAACCAUUAUUUUCAGCAGUGAACUGAUGAAGCUUUGUUUGAAUAACAGUACAAACAACUUAUCAUGGCAUGGUCACUGCCCUCCACAACAACCUUCUCCAUAAGCUUAUAGUACCGGUAAUGUUACAUUAAACAAACAUUGCAGAUCAAACUUUAUGAAAAAUACGUUUGUAAAGUCAAUUGUGCAUUAUGGUUCAGAAGGGUCCUAAUGGUUCUAGAGCCUAUGCAUUUGGAGUUGAAUUAACUUAGUGAGGUGAAUUUAAUCACAAUUUGUUCAGAUCAUUUUUGGAGAUUCACAAUCUCCAGAGCAAAUUUUCCCUCUAAAAAAUGCAUAAAAAAAAUAAACUGAAUAGAUAUUCUUAUAUGUACAUUGCCAGUUAUUAUGCGUGACCUCUCUCUGCUAUACACAAAAUACAUGUUCACUGCUUCAUUGAUUCUCCCGGUUUUCUAGGUUUCUCUUUAUUUCCCUUGUUCGAGGCCUAUCAUAUAUUACCAAAGUACAACAAAUGUUAUAUUGUAGUUAAUUUAUUUGUUUUCCUCGUGCCAUUAUUCUGCUAAAUGUUGGUAUAUGUAUCUUAUCUACGCUGUUGGAAAGAAGGUCCAACUAUUUGGAUCUGCACAUGAAGCUACCCACUCACCAAACUCACGAGCAAGGGCAAUUGUUGUAAUUUAUCUUUAAAUUAAAACUACCAAAAGUAUAGUGGGUAUUUAACCUGCAUGGGCAGGCACAGUGGCUAGGUACACUGAAACAACUAAUGGCUUUCAUGGACAUGGACAAGGAAAUUGAGUCAAUCAUGCUAUACAGAUUCAAAUGUUUAACCUACGUGCAAUGAAAACCAUAACGUGUGCAAUCUGAACAACAUCUAGUCUUAUACAGGCUUUUUUUUUCUUAAAAAAUGUUUACAGUGAAAGAAGAUGGCUGACAGAUAUGAUUUCAACUGUGCUGUAAAGCCAUGUCAUGUGUAUAUCGUACUGAUAUAUUCUAUGUACUGUAUAUACUAACCUAUUAUGUGGUUGAAACAUGUAAUAAACCUGAGGAUUUGUACAACGUGA